AUGGGAGCCCUGGCAUCAUGGGGCAACCUGUCCAUUCCAAUGUGCCAGUGGCGCGGUGUGGCCUGUGGCUCAAGGGGACACCGCCGUGGGCAUGUGGUCGCAUUGGACCUGACCGGGCUCAACCUUCUCGGCACCAUCAGCCCUGCCUUGGCCAACAUCACGUACUUGAGGCGGCUCAACCUUCCACAAAAUCGCUUCUAUGGCAUCCUGCCACCAGAGCUCGGUAAUAUCCAUGACCUUGAAACUCUAGACCUUAGCUACAACUCCAUUGAAGAGAUUGGUGCCAACAGGCCUACAGGCGAGCUGCCAGAUUCAGUUGGCAAUCUUUCAACAAAUAUGAAGUAUUUUAUCACGAACUACAACAGCAUAACUGGAAGAAUACCUGAAGGCAUUGGGAAUCUGGUCAACCUGCAGUUUGUUGAGAUGAACAACAAUCUUUUUGAGGGCCCUAUUCCAGACUCAUUUGGCAGACUCAAAAAGCUGAAUCAAUUAUACCUCUCAGGCAAUAAAUUUUCAGGAUCCAUCCCAUCAAGUAUUGGUAACCUUCAAAUGCUAAAUAUCACAAUUUUUUUAACUGGGACUCUACCGCCUGAAGUGGGAAAUCUCAAGAACCUUGCAAUGCUUGAUUUUUCUGAUAAUAGAAUUUUUGGAGAGAUCCCAUCAUCCCUUGGCGAGUGCCAAAGCUUGCAGUAUCUCAAUACAUCUGGAAAUUACCUUCAAGGAAAAAUGCCACCAUCGAUAGAGCAACUAAGAGGCCUCCAAGUGCUUGACCUUUCACAUAAUAACUUGUCUGGGAGCAUCCCCACUUUCCUUGAGAACAUGAUUGGACUUGCUGGUUUGAAUCUCUCAUUCAACAACUUGGAAGGCAAUGUUCCAAAAGAUGGAAUUUUCAGCAAUGCAUCUGCUGUCUCAGUUGUAGGAAAUGAUGGUCUAUGUAAUGGAAUCCCUCAACUGAAGUUGCCACCCUGCUCCAACCACUGUACAAAGAAGAAGAAGACAACAUGGAAACUUGCCAUGACAGUAUCCAUAUGCAGUGUGAUUCUAUUUAUCACAGUAGUAAUUGCACUGUUUGCAUGCUACUGUGAUACAAAAAGGACAAAAUCAAACCCAGAAACAUCACUUACAAGUGAGCAACACAUAAGAGUGUCUUAUGCUGAAUUGGUCAGUGCAACAAAUGGUUUCGCUUCUGAGAAUCUAAUAGGAGCAGGAAGCUUUGGCUCAGUCUACAAGGGAAGUAUGACAAGCAAUGGACAUCAACAAGAAGUUGCUGUGAAGGUGCUCAACCUGACACAACGUGGAGCCUCUCAUAGUUUUGUUGCAGAAUGUGAGACUCUGAGGUGCAUUCGACAUCGAAAUCUUGUGAAAAUAUUGACAGUAUGCUCAAGUAUUGAUUUCCAUCGUGAUAACUUCAAGGCUCUUGUAUACGAGUUCCUACCAAAUGGAAAUUUAGACCACUGGCUACACCAACGUCCCAUUGAAGAUGGUGAACGGAAUGCACUAGAUCUCAGCGUUAGAAUUAGAAUUGCAAUUGAUGUAGCAUCAGCACUGGAAUAUCUUCAUCAAAGCAAGCCUUUGCCAAUCAUUCACUGUGAUCAUAAGCCGAGCAAUGUUCUACUAGACAGAAACAUGGUUGCUCAUGUUGGAGACUUUGGACUUGCAAGGUUUUUACAUCAAGAUGCAGAUAAAUCAAGUAAUUGGGCAUCAAUGAGAGGAACAAUUGGUUAUGUUGCCCAGAUUUUUUUCACAGCAAUAUCUGAAUAUACAUAUAUACUCGUGCUCCUUUUUCAUUAUCAUCUUCCUUUGUCGAUUCCAGAGUAUGGCCUGGGUAAUGAAGUCUCAAUACAAGGUGAUGUGUACAGCUACGGCAUACUAUUGCUGGAGGUGUUCACUGGAAAAAGACCAACUGACAAUGAAUUUGGAGAAGGCCUUGGCCUUCGCAAAUAUGUAGAAAUAGCAUUGCCAGGCAGGGUGACUAGUGUGGUGGACAGACACUUGGUACAAGAGACAGAAGAUGGUGAAGGGAUUGCAGAUAUGAAAAUUUCCUGCAUCAUUUCAGUUCUACGCAUCGGGGUUCAAUGUUCAGAGGAGGCACCGGCAGACCGCAUGCAAAUCAGUGAUGCUCUGAAAGAGUUACAGGGAACCAGAGACAAGCUUCAAAACAUUAAACAUCUAUGCAUCGAAGGAGCGUAA